AAUCAUCUCGCGGCACUUUACCCAUUCGCAUCUGCAAAUUACGGUUGGCGUCAUCAAUUGUGUUCAUCUGCUCGAAUUCUGAUCUGUCAUUUAAAUGACCACCAACAACCUUGUCACUCGCUCUAUGGCCGCCAAAACGAACAAAGAUGCUACAAUGUCAACAUCGCAGUCUCUCACCCCCGCAAUUUUCGGCAACAACUUCAAACGUUCCAGGGAUGAUUUGGACCGCACCGAUGAUUUCGAAGAAUUGUUAGGACGGAUGCAGAUGAUGAUCGACGAGGGUAAUAAGCGUAUCGAAAGGAAGAUCGAUGAUGGAAAUCGUUCUCUAAUGCAAGAAAUCGGCACUCUUCGGUGCGAAAUGGAAAAGCUAAGAGAUGACACUUCUCGUGAUAUCAUUCAGUUAACAGAAAAGUUUACGAAGACGGAGCUAGACGUAGGAACAAAUAGAGAUGCUAUCGCCAGACUAGAAAAUUCAGCUGACCUCCUGCUUACUGGUGUACCGUACAACCCGUCAGAAAAUACGAGUGUCUUUUUGUUUAAAGUUGCUUCUGCUCUGGGCUACUCUGACUCGGAUGUUCCAGUUGUCUUUUCGAAGCGACUGGCCCGAGUUCCCAUUGCCGUUGGCUCUUCACCACCUAUACUUUUCCAGAAUCUCAAUCUGUCGCAGCUUGGAUUCGACGUUACCAAACGGGUUUACCUUAACGAAAAUCUGUGUGAAUCUGCCCGUCAGCUGAAAGGACAUGCCCUGAAACUAAAAAAGGAAGGCCGGAUUCAGAAGGUUUUUACCAAGCAUGGGGUCGUCUUCGUUAAAACCAAUGCCGAUUCUCCAGCCGAGGCUAUACGUAACCAGGAUCAGUUAAAACUGCUAAGUUCGAAAAAUAUAUAACCUUUCCUAGCCAAAUCAUUUUCCUUUUAUGAUAUUCCAUGUUUCCACUCCUUUAUUGUCCGUUGAUUAUUCCCCUCCUAAAAGU